AUUUUCUGACAGCGACGGCACCACGACACUACUAGUCCAAGCCAACCCGGCUCUACUAGUCCACCAUACACACGACCCCCACUCCCCUCCCCUUCCACCCACACAGACCAGACCCCUCGCCGCCGUCGCCGUCGCCGCCGCCGCCCCUCCCGAUCCGACCGCGGCCGCACGGAUCGCCCCGCCAUGGACCAGUACGAGAAGAUGGAGAAGAUCGGGGAGGGCACGUACGGGGUGGUGUACAAGGCCAAGGACCGCCACACCAACGAGACGAUCGCACUCAAGAAGAUCCGCCUCGAGCAGGAGGACGAGGGCGUCCCCUCCACCGCCAUCCGCGAGAUCUCCCUCCUCAAGGAGAUGCACCACCGCAACAUCGUCAGGCUGCAGGACGUCGUGCACAACGACAAGUGCAUAUACCUCGUCUUCGAGUACCUCGACCUCGACCUCAAGAAGCACAUGGACUCCUCCCCGGACUUCAAGAACCACCGCAUAGUCAAAUCCUUCCUCUACCAGAUUCUGCGGGGCAUUGCGUACUGCCAUUCGCACCGCGUGCUCCACCGGGACUUGAAGCCGCAGAACCUGCUGAUAGAUCGGCGUACCAACUUGUUGAAGCUUGCUGACUUUGGAUUGGCAAGGGCGUUCGGCAUUCCUGUUCGGACGUUCACUCACGAGGUGGUAACACUGUGGUAUAGAGCACCUGAAAUUCUUCUUGGUGCAAGGCAUUAUUCCACCCCUGUUGACAUGUGGUCAGUUGGUUGCAUUUUUGCUGAAAUGGUGAACCAGAAGCCACUGUUUCCUGGGGAUUCUGAGAUUGAUGAGCUGUUCAAGAUUUUCAGAAUUAUGGGCACUCCAAAUGAAGAAACUUGGCCAGGUGUCGCUUCAUUACCUGACUACAAGUCAUCUUUCCCCAAGUGGCCCCCCGUGGAUCUUGCAACGGUGGUCCCAACUCUUGAACCUGCAGGCCUUGAUCUUCUCUCUAAAAUGAUCUGUUUGGACCCAAGCAAAAGGAUCAAUGCCCGGGCUGCUCUCGAGCACGAGUACUUCAAGGAUCUCGAAGUAGCGUAGUAGAUUGUGCCUCCUGCCCCCAUUGUACAUUAAGAUUUCAUUGUCUGCUCCGCCGAGUUCUGUUUCGGCUGCAUUAAUCUAAGAUGAUGGUGUGCUCCCCCCCCCCCCCCCCCCCAAUUUUUUUGAUUUUCGGUUGUGUUGUAGAGAAAUGAGAACAGGUGGUUCCAACCAGUCACCCCUCUGUGUAACCCGAGCCAGAUUGAAAUAUCCUUGUACCAUUGGAGCCCUAUGCCGCAAUUUUGCUCGAAUUCACGUCGAAGCUGAGGUUUUCUUGUGCCUGGUUGCUGGACUAGUGGAUUUUGAACUUUGUAGUAGCAGUUAUUGAACUUCUCUGGUUCAGUUGGUCCUAUGCCAUAGACAGACUCAUAGUUGUCAGAGUUUAUUAACUGAU